AUUUAAUGAUCAUGCUCAUUCAAGGAAUCCUUUAGAAUCUUCUUCAGAUUCAAAUAUCAAAGAUGAAGACAUUGAAAAGGCAAUAGAUGCUAAUAUGUACACAUGUACUGAUGAAACAGAAACAGAAGUUGAAUUUGUAGCAGAUCUUGGAUUACGUGAUAGACCUGAUAAAGAUUUCAAAUUUGUACCCCUCCAGAAUAAUGACAAACAGAACAUUUGUUCAAAACUGAAUAUCAGAUAUAUAGGCAAAGGCUGUGAUUCAAGGUUAGAUAGAAAUAGCUCUAUUGGAGUUCCUUUACAGAGUAAACAAAUUACUGGUGAUGGCAAUUGUUUCUUUCGUGCAAUUUCCUAUGUAAUUUCUGGAACUGAGCAUAAUCAUGCAAUUUUAAGAAAUGCCACUGUGAAACAUUUAUUGCAAACCAAGGACAUGUUUAGUAAUACAUUGAGGCAAGAAUAUAGAACAGUCAGAGAAUAUGUUUUGAAACGUAGAAUAAAGGAAGACGGAACGUGGGCUACAGACACUGAAAUUAGCGCUUUAGCAAAUUUAAUCGAUACUGAUAUUUAUUCAUACAAUGACCAAGUACCAUGUUGGCAAUUGUUCUCUGCAAAGAAACCUGGAAGAAUAAAUAUUGUAACAUCUGAUAAGGGAAUUUAUAUACUGUACACAGGAAAUGUUCAUUUUAAUGUUGUUGAAUCUGUAGAUUUUGUCAAUUUCAAUUCAUUGGAACAGACAAGAACAACUAAAGAAGAUAGAACGUCAAAGAGAACUUUGCCAUGUCCAUCAAUUCAGGCUGAUGUUAAAGUAAAGCAUGUGUUCAAGAAGUGUAGAUCCAAGUCGCAGAUAGAGGAAGAAAUUGAUGAAGUAGUGGAUAAGUCUCCUGAAACAUUUCAAAACCAUGUUGAUCCAAAGGGAAAAAAACGUAGGCUCACGUUGGAGACUGGUACGAUAAAUCACGAUGAGAGGAAAGGUACUGCAAAUCUUUUUGACAUGACAUAUGAACAGUGUGCAAGUAAUCAGUCUGAAUCAGUCGUUCACAACGAACGUAACACCAAGGACGAAACCCUUAAAAGUGAUCACAAAGACAAAUGCACGAGAGUCGAUACACAAAUAACGCUUGUUGCCCAAGGGACAUUCAAUCAAGGUGAUACAAGAUUUGGUGACUUAAGUGGAAAGCAGUGUGUUACCAAUUCACUUUCUGCACUGUUGUAUAGCAAGAAGCAGUCGAGGUUUCCUGAGUUGUAACGGACACAGUGUUGUACUUCGUACUCAAAGCUGGCAAGGUGUGUACAAGCAUUGCAUGAGGUUAGCAAAAUCAAUGGGAUGCCCCCUGCACACCGAAUAUGAAGUAACUAGUGUAUGUGCUAAAGCAACUUCCGGUAAGAAUGAAACCUUGAAAGGCUAUCCACAGUUACAGGAUUUUGUUUGUAAUCCAAUUCCUUCGUCAAAUACGCACAGUGAAAGUCAGUCUGGAAGCUCUGGAUGUUCCAUACAUUGUGAAAGCUUUGAUGAAGUUCAAAUAUUGGAUGAGAGUGUUUCCCCACAAAAGAUGAUUGAUAACCCAAAUGUAUUUCUCUUCCCUGAAGAAGCAAAUGAAACAAUCAUUCAUGAUGUACAUUAUAACGGUCAGCACCCACAAAAGAUGAUUGAUAACCCAAAUGUAUUUCUCUUCCCUGAAGAAGCAAAUGAAACAAUCAUUCAUGAUGUACAUUAUAACGGUCAGGAAUUGAAACUGAAGAGUGUGACAAUUGGCUUAACCAAAUUAAAAGAAUCCCAGCUAAAUAAUAGUUGUCUUCUGAACGGAAAUGACUCUAUAAAUACAGAAUAUGAAAAUGAACAAAAAGGAGAUUCCAAAAAUUGUACUAAAUCCGGGAAUGACUCUGAUAGAUUAAAUUUAGUGAACAAAGUUCAGAAUUCCAACUCUAUCUUAAGCAGAAAACGAAAAUGGAGUAACCUCGAAAGCGAUGCAAACGUUGAUGUCGACCUUGGCAAGGAAAUUCGAAAAACCAAAUUGCUAAAAAUGAAUGAGAACGACAGCUUAAGAAUUGAUGCAAGCGAAUGUGCUGAUAGUCAUGAUGAAUUAAUAGUAAUUGGAGAAGUUCAUGUUAGAAAUGUAGACCAUGGAAAGAAAAAACGUAAAAAUAGACAAAGUUCUAAUCAAAAAAGGAAGCGCAUGAGACAGCAAAUGAGAGAAAAACGAGCCCUGGCCAAAGAUGAAAU